UAUUUGUAUAUUUUAUGAUUCCAGAGAGGAAAAUAUCAAAGAAUCCAAGGAAGAGUUCUAAUAGUUCCGGAGACUUCUUUUCUGGUGAAGUGUGACUUCUGAAUCAAGUGGUGGAGUGAAGUGUUACUAAAGUUGCGCGCGUGGAAAUCAGUUUUUAGAUUCGGUGAAAAAUGGCUGAAGUCGAUGGAAGGAAGUUUAAACCGUUUGUCUACGCAUUGCUUCGUGUGAAAACUGACGUUCCGUGGAUUCCAGUGGACGACGAAACUACGACUCCGUCCUUCUUGUCCAUGUGGGCCAGAGCAAAAAAUGUACCUCUCCCCGACGUGACGCAUGAUAAAUCCGAAAGGGAAUCCGAGAAACACCGCGUUUUGGGCAAUGAGGCGUGCCAAAAUCAGCGGUACUCCGAAGCACUGGGCCAUUACAACCGCUGCGUUCAAUUGGCACCAAAGUUCGGGGCUUGGGGGAAGAAAUGCCUUGCUUUUGCCUUUGCGAAUCGAAGUGUCGCCUUGUUGCAUUUGCAGCGAUAUGCCGACGCCAUGACGGAUAUUGGAAGAGCCGAAUCUGCGGGUUAUCCUGAUGACCUAGUUUAUCGACUGCAAACUCGACGUGGGCUUUGUUUGGUACGAUCUGGAAGGCUGCAAGAUGGUCUAGACUGUUACCAGAAAGUAACAGAUAAAAUUACAGCUCAACUAUCUUCUGGUUACCUCAAAGACCCGAACGCAGUAGCAGCUAUGCGAACAUCACGAGAAGAAACACUUGCUGAAAUGCGGAAGAUUCGAGAACGGUUGAGUCGGCAGCAAGCUUGCGUCGAAACACCAAUCAACGAAACGAAGGGAGUGAAUUUUCCCGAAUCAUGGUACCAAUCUCCUCCCGGCGAGGAUUAUAAUUAUUAUCCGCUGCAUUCACGUGUGAGUGUUUCUCCUCGGCCAAAUCAAUCCCUUUUCAUGUAUUACUCUCCGUGGCUGGUCAAAGCCGAAGAGGAAUUCGAACCAGGUACUUUGUUAUGUACCGAGAAGCCUGGUGCAUCGGUGCUGCUGCCUUCAAAGUUUUUUAGCCAUUGCCUGAAUUGUUUGAUGCCUGCUCCGGUUGCUGUUCCUUGCGAUCAGUGUUCUUUGGUGUGUUUCUGUAGCGAAAAGUGUCGAGAUGAAGGUUGGAAACAGUUCCAUGGAAUAGAAUGCCUCGUGCUGGAGAAUUUCGUGGAUCCGGACUUGAAGCCGAAUGCGUACCUGGUGUUUAGGAUAAUGCUCAAACAUUCCGUAACAACUUGGAGAGAAAUUCUGCUUUCGUUGACGGUCGAAGAUGCUGGAAAAUACGAAAAUAAAAUUCUGUUCUUCCUCGAUGAAGAGAAGUAUUUCCAAAAGCUCGAAGAUCGGAGCAUGAGUUUGAUGACUGCCGCGUACGUGGUCAAGUGUUUGUCCGCCAUCAGGUCUUUUGAUGAAACUAUUCAAGAAGAUUUGGAGUUUUUGGGUCGAAUGGUGUGUUGCCUGCUGAUAUCUGUGAGAUGUGAUGCCCGGGCAAUAACCGAAUGCUCCCGGAAAGUGAAUUGCAUCGAAGAAGUGAAGAUCGGGUUAGCGCUUUAUCCCACUGUGAGCUUGCUCAAACACUCGUGCGAUCCGAACGUGAAGUGUUUUUUCAAGGGAGACAAAGUGUUCGUGAAGAGCGUGAAGAAAUUGUCUAAAGGAGACGAACUGUCUUCCAACUACGGAUUCAAGUAUACUUCGGUUCCCAAGGAUGAAAGGCAACUUUUGAUGCUUGAGAAAAUGCGGGGGCUGUGGGACAAAUUCCGCAUGAGGGAUAUGUGUUGUACCUGUAAAGCUUGUCUUAGUGAUUGGCCGUUGAGUUUUGAGCUCUCAUUGCUGCCGGACCGAGUCAAAUGCUCUCGUUGUCCCUAUAUGACUUCACUGUGUUACGCACCGGAUCCAGUGACCAACGUGUGUCAAUGGUGCAAGACGGAUGUUUCCGCAAUGGUACAAUUGUGGAAACGGUCCCAGGAGAAGUUCCUCGAAUGUGCUAAACGGGUAGAGGUGGGAAAGGUGUCAAAAGAGGACGUCGAUUUUCUUGAGAAGUACGCGUCGUUGCUUGGCUCGCUUUUGUACAGUCCGUCUGCGCAGGUGUCUUAUGCGCAGGACAUUUUAGAGCUGAGUUACGCCUUAAGUGGCAACACCAACUUCACUGAAAUUUCCGAAUGA